AUAAUAACAAACUAGCACUACAAAGUUUUUUGAAGUCCUUAUCCGUUAAAGAAAAAGAAUUAACGGGAAAAUCGCCAGCAGAUAAUCAGCAAAAUGAUAACAAUAAUUCUAAUGACAAUUUGCCACCACCAAAAACAA